AUGGGUCAACGAUUAUAUCUCAUUUUUGCAUUGAUACUCAUUGCUUUCAUAAGCACAAUCAGCACAAGGAUAGUCCCAGCCGUUUCCCGUUUCAAUUUCGAGAGAGCGAGAACGGUGCGACCAUCGACGAGUCGUUUCGUUCUUGAAAAUUCGUAUAACAGCUAUCAUAAUGGCUAUCGUCCCCAAUUCGGUCGUUAUCAAAUCGCUCCCGACGGCUCGACGAUCAUCAGCGAUAAAUGGUGG